AUGCCAGCCGAUCAAAAAUCCAUCAAGGCCAUCCUCGAUACCAUCGCCCUUCGCUACCGUGGACCGGGCGGUGCAAUCGCUGUCCUAAAGGAUGGCGAGGUUGUUGGUCAACGUAUCUGGGGAUGGGCAGACAUGGAUGAGCGGAUUCCCCUGACAGCUCAAAUCCAAAUGCCUAUCUGCUCUAUCACCAAACAAUUCGUCUGUGCCCUGCUCAUUGAUCUUGAGCGCAACCCGACGCCAGCAAUGGCUGCCAAGGGCGAUGUUCAGAAGCAAUUCUCCGUCGCUCUUGGUGAAAUUUUGCAGCCUGAGAUUCUCAAGGACAGCGGAUUGACUAUCCAGAACCUGGUCGAUAUGCAAUCCGGCUUGCGUGACUACUGGGCCAUGACCACUCUCUGGGGUGCUAAGCCCGAAGACGAAUUCCUGGUAGAACGCGACGGGCCUCCGGCGAUGGAACGCACGAAGUCUUUCCACUUCAAGCCCGGGACGGAAUACUCAUACUCCAAUAUCAACUUCUACGUGGUUGCGCGAGUCAUCGAGCGAGUCACCGGGGAGCCGCUCGAUAGGCUGUUGAAGGAACGCCUUCUCGGUCCGGCUGGAAUGGAAACUGCGUUCCUAUGCGCUAACACCGCACACCACCCUUCUCCCUGUGUUGGGUACGAAGGAAAUGAGAUAAAUGGAUACUAUGCUGCAGUGAACCGGAUGGAAUGGGCUGGUGAUGCUGGGUUAGUAGCUUCUCUUGAUGAUAUGAUCGCCUGGGAAAAGCACCUAGAGAAGAGUUUCGCAGACCCCCAAAGCUGGUAUCAGAUCAUCUACGAACCGCAGACGUACACAGAUGGCAAUAUUGCUAAAUAUCAUUAUGGAAUGGCGCAUAUUGACAUUGACGGUGUGGAUUCGAUUGGUCAUGGUGGUGCGCUUCGUGGAUACCGUCUUCACCGACGCCACGCACCACACGAGCAUCUGUCAGUUGUUGUUUUGUUCAACCACGAGGCUGAUGCAUCGGCGGCCGUUGACGACGUCUUGCGCGGUAUUUUGGACAAACCCAAGGUCGAGAGUACCCCUAUUGCAGCAAGCGCGGAUUGGGCUGGUAUCUUCCUCGACCAGGAUACCCAGCUUAGCGUCACUGUGGCCAAGGGGUCGCGGGAAGGAGACGUCCUUAUAACUUAUGCGCGCCAUCAUGAAACAAUCAGGUUGACUGAUGCUACGCAUGGGAAAUCUAGUUCUAUGACAGCGACUAUCGAUGGAGAUAACCUACGCAUCCAUCGUGUUGUAGAGAACCGCAAGCUGAACGCCAAACGUCUGAUCAAAGACGAAUCUUCCGCCAAAAAUACACCUCUUCAGGGUCAAUAUCAAUGCGCAGAGGCUCAAUCUACGUUCCACUGCACUGGUGACUUAGGAAUGCUGUACGGAUCCUUCGAUGGAUACCUUGGCCAAGGACCCGCGACCCCUAUGCGAUACCUGGCCGGUGAUGCCUGGGCUCUGACUUGCCCUCGCGGUCUAGAUGCACCUGCUCCGGGUGACUGGACCAUGGUGCUUCAGCGUGAUGAAAGCGGGUCUGUCGUCGGAUUCAAGGUUGGAUGCUGGCUAGCCCGAGGACUCGAUUUUGUGAAGAAAUAG